CCGGCCCCGCCAGGCAUCCGCCUGCACUUCCACGCGCUCGUCAAGGGGCUCACGGCGCAGUCGGCCUCCAAGGCGCAGCUGGGCCUGGGCCACAGCUACUCGCGCGCCAAGGUGAAGUUCAACGUGAACCGCGUGGACAACAUGAUCAUCCAGUCCAUCAGCCUGCUGGACCAGCUCGACAAGGACAUCAACACCUUCUCCAUGCGCGUGCGCGAGUGGUACGGCUACCACUUCCCCGAGCUCAUCAAGAUCGUGGGCGACAACUACACCUACUGCCGCCUGGCCAAGCUCAUCGGCAACCGCAGGGAGCUGGGCGAGGAGCGGCUCGCCGCGCUCGAGGAGCUGCUCAUGGACAGCGCCAAGGCGCAGGCCGUGCUCGAGGCCUCGCGCUCCUCCAUGGGCAUGGACAUCUCGCCCAUCGACCUCAUCAACAUCGAGAGCUUCUCCAGCCGCGUCAUCUCGCUCUCCGAGUACCGCAAGGGGCUGCAGGAGUAUCUGCGCUCCAAGAUGAGCCAGGUGGCACCCAGCCUCUCGGCGCUCAUCGGCGAGGUGGUGGGCGCCCGCCUCAUCUCGCACGCCGGCAGCCUCACCAACCUGGCCAAGUACCCGGCGUCCACCGUGCAGAUCCUGGGGGCGGAGAAGGCCCUUUUCAGGGCGCUGAAGACGCGCGGCAACACGCCCAAGUACGGCCUCAUCUUCCACUCGACGUUCAUCGGGCGCGCGGCCGCCAAGAACAAGGGCCGCAUCUCGCGCUACCUGGCCAACAAGUGCACCAUCGCCUCGCGCAUCGACUGCUUCUCAGAGGUGCCCACCAGCGUCUUCGGCGACAAGCUGCGCGAGCAGGUGGAGGAGCGCCUGGCCUUCUACGAGACGGGCGAGCCGCCGCGCAAGAACCUGGACGUCAUGAAGGAGGCCGUGGUGGAGGCCCGCGAGGUGGUGGCUGAGGUCAGGAGGAAGCAGGAGAAGAAGGAGAAGAAGAGGAAGAAGCGGGAGAAGCGGCGGCUGGAGGCGCUGGCCGCGGGCGCCGAGGCCAUGGAGGACGCGGAGAUGGAGACGCAGGAAAAUGAGACAGAGCCCAAGAAGAAGAAGAAAAAGAAGCAGGAGCCAGAGCCAGAGCCGGAGGCAGCGUCAGAGCCCGAGGAGAACGGGCUGGAGGAGGAGGAGGAAGAGGAGGAGCCCCAGCCCAAGAAGAAGAGGAAAGUGGGGACAGAGACUGUGCAGCUGGACAAGAAGAAGAAGAAGAAGAAGAAGGUGGCAAAGGAGGCAGAGGACUGAGCCCGGCUGCUGCCCGUGGCGCCUGCCCCGGUGCCGCCCAGGGCCCGUGGGGGGAGACGCCCCGUACUGCGUUGUGGGCGCUGUGCCCGGCGGGUGGAAGCACCGGCCCGGCCCGCGGCCCUGCUGCUUUGUGCAGCCCUGUCUGCAGCACCAGCGCUUCGUGCAGCCCAGGGCUGCAGCUG